GGUUGCUGUCCUUGUUGGUCGAGUUCAGCAGUGGUCCCCUCACCAUAGAGGAUCACCUAUGAGCACACCCCUCUCAUAAACUGAGCGACUAACAUGGGGUCUCUAGGCCUCUAACGAUAGUCCAUGUUAUGGUGAAACAGAUAAACAGGAAUCAUGAGCUCCAUGCAGUCAGACUCCUCUGCAAAUGCAACCUUUGUUCGUCCUGCUACAUUUUAUGUCAGUGACUUUUCUAAUAUCCCACAUGCAAAAUACUACUAUGUGUUCCUGUCUUUAGUGUAUGUUGUGACUGUUUUAGGAAAUUCAUUUAUCAUGUGUAUAAUUUAUUUGGCCCGCAGACUCCACACAGCCAAAUAUAUUGCCGUUUUUCAUCUGUCCCUUUCUGAUCUGUGUGGAAGCUCAGCUUUGAUUCCAAAAAUCAUAGACAUGUUUUUAUUUGAUCACCAAGACAUUUCUUAUGAAGCGUGUUUAACAAAUAUGUUUUUUGUGUAUCAUUUCAUGAAUCUGCAGUCUCUGACACUUCUUGUUUUGGCUUAUGACAGAUUGGUAGCUAUUUGUUUUCCUCUGCGGUAUCAUGCCAUUGUUACCAAACCAGCCAUGUUUCUGAUCAUAGGGGUGAUGUGGAUUGUGUCUGUCACAUUUUUUUCUGUACUUGUAGGUUUAGUGAAUAGAAUCUCUUUUUGUAGGUCUAAUGUACUUAAUAGUUAUUUUUGUGAUUAUGUCCCAAUUUGUGGACUAGCAUGUAAUGAUAUUUCCAUAAAUAUCUUGAUGGGUAAAAUUUCUUAUGGUCUCCUGAUUUGCACACCACUGAUAUUGAUAAUCAUCUCAUAUCUCUGCAUUUCUCUGGCUUUGCUUAAGAUUGCUCAUGGAGCUGACUGAAUUAAAGCCAUAAAAACCUGCACUUCACAUCUUAUGUUGGUGGCAAUUUUUUAUCUCCCAAUUUUAUGCAAUGUCCUUGCUUCUGUAACAACACCUUUGCAUCCAAAUGUCCAGAUAAUUAACAAUUCCCUGGCACAGACGUUACCACCUAUGUUGAAUCCCAUCAUAUACACUCUGAAGACAGAGGAGGUCAUGCAAUCCAUAAAAGACCUGUACAAACGCAGCAGGGUGAACACUAGAGAGAGAAAAAUUAAAUGCAUUCUUAAUCACAGGUGA